AACAGAAAUCAACAACAGAGGGCGCAAAACUGUCAUGGCCGACGAUGAAUCAGACCAUAAAGAGAAAGAAACGCUGAACGCUCAAAGUGGUGAAGGCGUCAAAGAUGAGACGGCGCAGAAAGAUAAAGUGGAGGAAGAUGAUGAACUAAAUGACUUAUUAGAUAGUGCUCUAGAAGAUUUCACCAAGUCGGACGUGUCUGGUGCUGGUUGUAGCGGUCUCGUACAGCAGCAUGGAGCUGAGAAGGCUGGGGCACAGACAGCUGAGUCAGCAUCGUGUUCAAACCACCUGGGAGGCUUGGAUCCUGGAGAGGUUGGAGCUGACCCGUUUUCCGAGGAGAUCUCAGACGAGAUGGCCAAGCAGUUUUCCGAGGCGAUGAAGUCGUUCAUGGCGCAGGACCCAGCCCUGAUGCAACAGUUUGAGAAACUCACAACAUCGGCCGGUCGUGCAGGUGACUCACAAACUGCUCAAGGCGAGUUUACCGAGACCCUGACCCAGACACUGUCAGGUUUACAGGAGAAUGCCGAAGGGCUACAGAAUGAGGUGAGUGAGGAUGAGCUGUCACGGGUGUUUGAGAACCUGGGCCUGGAUGGUCAGCCUGAUGGUGAAUUCUUCCCCAUGAUGCAGGGAAUGAUGAAGAUGCUGUUGUCGAAGGACGUCCUGUAUCCCUCGCUCAAAGAAAUAUCUGACAAAUAUCCUAAAUGGUUGUCGGAGCACAAGGAGAGCACAGAGAAAGAAGAGUUUGAGAAUUACACCAAACAGCACAAAAUCAUCGAGGCUAUAUGUACAGAGUUUGAAUCGGAGAGUGACAGCGAGACAGAGGACGCAAAGCGCCAGAGGUUUGAGAAAUUAAUGGACUUGAUGCAACAGAUGCAAGAAUUGGGUCAACCUCCAAAGGACAUUGUUGGUGAAAUGGCUCCUGGGUUAGAGUUUGACGAGAAUGGAAUGCCUAAAGUUCCUGGCAUGCCUGCAAUGAGUGAACAGUGUGCAGUCAUGUGACCGGUUGACUGCCAGACCUUGACAGUAUCAGUUAUCUGCCCUUGUGUGUAAAUCUGCUCAGUAGUUAAUCAGUGGCUAACUCAAACCACUCUACAACAACAGUGUACACUGACCCUGCUUAAUACAGCCACCUGUAGUAUGGAGACUACAACAACAGUGUACACUGACUGCUUAAUACAGCCACUUGUGUUUUUGGAGACUACGACAAGUGUAGAUGUACACUGACACUGCUUAAUACAGCCACUUGUGUUUUUGGAGACUACGACAAGUGUAGAUGUACACUGACACUGCUUAAUACAGCCACUUGUGUUUUUGGAGACUA